UCAGGAACCAGGAAUGGAGGAAGAAGAGAAGAGCAAAUGGACUGAGAAGAAUGAAUUAAUCCCAAUCUACCGAUUAAUUAAACUCCAACAAGACGACCUGUGAAAAGGGACUGUUCAGUGUUCAGUGUUAAACAAAAACUGAAAAGUUAUCAAAGUGAAAGUUAAAACUUUAUAUUAACGACAGAAGUGAUAAUUUGAAAACAUUAUAUUCUAACAGUGUCCUGAUCUAAGAUGAAUUCUAGAAUGCGAAUGAUGAAACUAUUAGGUUUAUAUGUUCUCUCCGUUCUCCUUCAACCUGCAGUAGGAUCUUGGAUACAGAUGGGUAUGUUGAGUAGUGUGCCUGGUCUGCCUGAUGACCUGGAAGGUAUGCAGGCAGAUGAAGGAGAGCAGACGGGAGUCUGCCUUAAUAUGCCUGGACUCAUUGAUCAACAGAAGAAGAUGUGUACAAAAUGGCCGGAAACAGUACAAUCUGUUCCGUUUGGUACUAAACAGGGUCUGAUAGAGUGUGAAUAUCAGUUUCGUCGAGAUAGAUGGAACUGUACAGACAAUAGAUCUCCUCAGGUUCUACAGUCUACCCUGGAGAGAGGUUCUAAAGAAACUGCGUUUCUGUACGCAGUUACUAGUGCUGGUGUGGUUCAUGUGGUUGCUAAGGCCUGUAGUUCUGGAAACCUGACAGAGUGCAACUGUGACCUGCAAGGAGGAGAUACUCCUGAAGGAUGGAAGUGGGGUGGUUGCAGUGACAACCUAAAAUACGGGAUCAAGUUUGCCAGGAAGUUUCUGGAUGCUCCGGACCGAAGGAUGGUUCGAAAGAAAGGAGAUAUUAGAAACCUAAUGAACCUGCAUAAUAAUGAGGCUGGAAGACGGGCUAUCGCGAAGCUGAUGUUAUUGAAGUGUCGAUGCCAUGGUGUAUCCGGGAGUUGUGAGUUUAAAACCUGCUGGAGAAGUAUUCCACAGUUUGCGGAGAUCGGAGAUUAUUUAAAGGAGAAAUACGAUAAAUCAGCUGUACAGGUUUCAAAUGAGCUGGAUGAAUCUCCGGAGAGGGACAGAUACAGGAGAGGAACAUCCGGGGGACCAGGUUCUCUACCUGUGAGUAAGAAAUCAUUAGUGUAUAUCCAGCCUAGCCCAGAUUACUGUCAGGAUGAUCCUAAGGCUGGAGUAGUGGGUACCCGAGGAAGAAGGUGUGAGAAGAAAUCUCGAGGACGAGACGGAUGUGGAUUUCUCUGUUGUGGACGAGGGUUUGAUACUGAAGUUAUUGUGGAAUAUGAAAGAUGCAGAUGUAAAUUUGUCUGGUGCUGUAGAGUUGACUGUCAGCAGUGUAAAAGAAAGAAAUAUAUUCACACUUGUAAAUAAACUCAUUCUUAAUAAACAUUUUAUACAAAA